UUUUCUUGGUUUCACAUUCACUUCAGAUGUUGCAUGACGCACAAAUACUCCUCAGAUGAGAUGUUUGGUCUGAACGAAACGGCCCCUGGCUGCUGUUUUAUUUUUGUGAAUGACUUCGAUUUGAGUGGAAAAGGAGAUUUAAAGCAGCGGAAACCCAAGAGAUGUCUGGAAACUUCACGCAGGCACCCUGUGAGGCCAUCAGCCUGAAUUUUACGCACAGCUUUCUGCCGCCCGUGUUCGUCACUGUGUUUGUGGUCGGGACGCUGUCCAACAUGUGGGGGCUGAGAAGCGUGUGCACCAGCUGGAACAACAUCGGAAACAUCAACAUCUUCAUGCUCAACCUAGGGGUUGCGGACAUGCUGUACCUGUUCACCCUGCCGUUCCUCGUGCACUAUUACGCGCACAACAGCCAAUGGCGGUUCGGCCAGACUUUCUGCAAGGUGACACGGUUCUGCUUCAACCUCAACCUUUACGGUAGCAUCGGCUUCCUCACCUGCAUCAGCAUCUACAGGUACCUGGGCAUCGUCCACCCAAUGCGAGUGAUGGGGAAAAUCAGCAGCCGACACUCCCUGGCCAUAAGCACCCUGGUCUGGCUUUUGGUCAUUAUUCAGAUCCUCCCUGAUAUGUUUUUUGACAAAAAUGAUUUAAAGUCACCAGACUCGUGUUUCGACACCACCUCGAACGACCUGAUUAGCAGCUACCUCCCUUACAGCGUCAUCUGGACCGUGACAGGGUUCGGCUUACCACUGGUUAUCAUUUUGGUCUGUUAUGGACACGUUGUAGUGGUUCUUAUCAAAAAUGCCAACGUCAAUCCUUUGUUAAAACAGCGGUGCUUGAAACUAGUCGUGAUUUUAGUGGUACUAUUCGCCAUUUGUUUUAUCCCCUACCACGUGUUUCGAAAUGUUAAUCUGAAAACCAGAAUUUUGAAACAGACUGGGAUUUGUUACACUAGUUUCCGUGACAUCUACAUAGCGCAUCAGGUUGGCAGAUGCCUAGCAUGUCUGAACAGCGCGAUAAACCCACUGAUUUAUAUAGUUGGGAAUGAUGAUUUCCUUAUGAAGCUUCAUGCCUUCAGCCAGCGGGCCCGGCAGUCUCUCGCCGACCUGAAAGACACAGUCCUUUACCGCAAACCGACAGAGGCGGCUCCGAACUCGCUGUCAGAAACGAAUGACAGCUUGGACAUGAUGACAGGAUAAGAGCACAGUGCAAAUCAUGCAGCGCAAGAACUUCCACUUUUCCUGUUUUGGGGGGUGGGGGGCUACAUGAAACCGAGUCUUUAACAGGGGAAACACAUCUCAAAGGUGGAAUACUUUUCGACACAAGACCGGAACUGAAGUCAUGACCGAUGAGACCGAU